UAAAGUUAUGGAGAAGAUUAUUCUGGAAGAUAUUGAAAAACACAUGAAAGGCAACGCAGUCACUGGUCACAGGCAGCACGGUUUCAGGAGAGGAAAGUCCUGCUUAUCAAACCUGAUUUCCUUCUCUGACAAGGUGGUGGAAGAGGAAUUGCUGUCAGGAAGAGUGACAGGACACGUCUGCCAUGUUCUUCUGGGGACCUCUCUGGGGGUGACUGUAGACCAGGAGUCUGUGCCAUGAUUUUCAUCAAUAAUGAGUGGCAGAAUUCCGAAAGUGGGAGAAUAUUCCCAGUAUAUAAUCCAGCAACAGGAGAGCAGAUCUGUGAGAUUCAGGAAGCUGACAAGGUCGAUACGGACAAAGCAGUGAGGGCAGCCCGGCUCGCAUUUUCUCUGGGCUCUGUUUGGAGGAGAAUGGAUGCAUCGGAAAGGGGCCAUCUUUUGGAUAAGCUGGCAGACUUGGUUGAGAGAGACAGGGCAAUUCUUGCUACUAUGGAAUCCCUGAACAGUGGUAAACCAUUCUUGCAAGCUUUCUACGUCGAUCUCCAGGGAGUCAUAAAAACCCUGAGGUAUUAUGCCGGUUGGGCAGACAAAAUCCAUGGAAUGACCAUUCCUGUAGAUGGAGAUUAUUUUACGUUUACAAGACAUGAACCCAUCGGAGUGUGUGGACAGAUCAUCCCUUGGAACUUCCCCCUGCUGAUGUUUGCAUGGAAGAUUGCUCCAGCUCUGUGCUGUGGAAAUACAGUAGUUAUUAAACCAGCAGAACAAACACCACUUAGCGCUCUCUAUAUGGGAGCCCUCAUCAAGGAGGCUGGCUUUCCUCCAGGAGUUGUCAAUAUUUUGCCAGGAUUUGGUCCAAUUGUUGGUGCAGCCAUUGCCUCCCAUGUUGGCAUUGAUAAAAUUGCUUUCACUGGAUCCACUGAGGUUGGGAAGCUGAUCCAAGAAGCAGCUGGAAGGAGUAAUUUGAAGAGAGUUACACUGGAGCUGGGUGGGAAAAGCCCAAACAUUAUUUUUGCAGAUGCUGAUUUGGACUAUGCUGUGGAACAAGCUCACCAAGGGGUGUUCUUCAAUCAAGGUCAGUGCUGCACUGCAGGCUCACGGAUUUACGUGGAAGAAUCAAUCUAUGAAGAGUUUGUCAGAAGAAGCGUAGAACGUGCAAAGAGGAGAGUUGUGGGGAGCCCUUUCGACCCAACUACAGAACAAGGUCCACAGAUUGAUAAAAAACAAUACAACAAGAUCUUGGAACUUAUUCAAAGUGGAAUUACAGAAGGAGCAAAACUCGAAUGUGGGGGUAAAGGAUUAGGAAGAAAGGGCUUCUUCAUUGAACCUACGGUGUUUUCCAAUGUAACAGAUGACAUGAGGAUUGCCAAGGAGGAGAUUUUUGGGCCCGUUCAAGAAAUACUGAGAUUUAAAACCAUGGAUGAAGUUAUAGAGAGAGCCAACAAUUCUGAUUUUGGGCUGGUAGCUGCUGUCUUUACAAACGACAUAAACAAGGCCCUGACAGUCUCUUCAGCAAUGCAGGCUGGGACAGUCUGGAUAAAUUGCUACAAUGCCUUAAAUGCCCAAAGUCCUUUUGGAGGAUUCAAAAUGUCUGGCAAUGGGAGAGAGAUGGGUGAAUGUGGAUUGAGAGAAUAUUCUGAAGUUAAAACUGUGACAAUAAAGAUCCCUCAGAAGAACUCCUAAAGUGAUGAAGGACCGUGUUGUGCAGAAGAGCACGUGAUGCCACCUUCUCUAUUCCUUAUGGAGACCAGCACUCAGGAAUAAAAAGUGUUACACAAUAUAUAUUUAAGAAAUUAAGUUGCAACAUAUAUACUGGGCACAUAACUGCAUACAUAAUGCAAACCAGCUCUGCAUGUUUUCAUAAAACUCUCCUGAGAAUCAUUACAUCUUUAUAAAAGAAAUCAUUACAAGAGAUAAAAUUGCUAUUGGGCAUCAUUUAAUAACGGUUCUAGCUAUAAAACUGUUAAAUGCAAAUGCAUGCACACACACAUUUAUCUCUUCUUUAAAUAAACAAAAUAAGUCUCACUGCUUUCAGGCUGCCUUCUCAAACAGACCUGCCUCGUACUGACAUUGUUUCGACCAGGGCUCUAUAAGCCAGAUUUUACCCAAAACACUAACAGUGAACAAUACAAACACUGAUGUUCUUAAAAAAUUAGAGGCUCUGAACGGUGAUGACCCCAAACCUGGCAGACUGGCAACUUUCCAAUUAGCACAGUCACACUGGGGAGGGAAUCAAUCCACUAUACAGACAAUGAAAGCCAAAUACUUAUCAGUGAGGUCUGGCUUUCAUGGCUCAUGGUGAUUUGGAUUUCAAAGCUUAUUUUCAUAAUUACUUUAUGUUGUGCUAGAAGCAAAAAGUCCUCCUUCACUUACAGGAACUUGAACAGUUUUACCUGCCUGCCAAAAGAGCAAGGCCAGACAGGGUGGGAGGGUGUUAACGAGAACAGGAACAGAUCCCAAGCCUUCACAGAAUAUUUCAGCUUUCACUGCUUGUCUAGUUUUGUUAUUGUUGUUGUUGUUACUGUUGUUGCUUUCACCUUUUCUCUUUUUUUAAACAAGUAUAUGCAUAGGCAGGCUUCAUUUAUUUGUCUGCCAUUAAACUGCCUGUAAUUACACUGGGAAUCAUUAGGUUACAGCAAGAAGAACCCAGCCAAAGCCCACCUGUCAAGAAUUAAGCCUGACUUUAUUUUUUUACUGAAAGAUGGCUUGCCAUGCUCACCAUGCCUGUGAACCUCAAGUAGUGUUACUGGCUGGUACUGACUUUUCAAUUAUGUUUGGGGGUUUUUGGCCCAGAAUACAAAAUAUGAGCAAGUUCUUCUAGAAGUGAGGUGUUUAAAGCCUGUCACAUCGUUACCUGCUGCCCACAGAAUCUCUUCCAACUUGUAACUGACACACUAAACACUAUAUCUUUCUUCUUUCCAGCUGCAGAGCUCAUCGAUUCCCCAGACUUUUUUUUAAACAGGUUUCAUUUUAUGUUUUAAUUUAGAAUUAAGGAAAUCUAUUUUAAAAGUACAGUAAAUCAUCUACCCUGUGUAGCUACAUUAUCCGGGGUGUAAGGACAGAAUUAUGGCCUCAGGUAUAGGUUUUCCUGGCUGCAGAGCCUGUACCAUGAACUGUUGAAAACUCCAGACCUGUUCAGCAAAUAAUUUCUGCACGUUCUUAGCUUCCUUUACUCUCUGAGGAAUUCCUCUUAGAUUUGGAGUUGUAGGUGUCCUUCAACAUACUGCUGGAUUAGGACAAGAGUGUCCAGCACUUUGUAAUGUGGUGGCCCUCAAUAUUUCAUAACUCAUGUCAAACUGUAUAUGUGUUUUUAAAGCAAUACUUAUACAUGUUCUUAUUCAGAACUGACAGUACAUUCACAGACAUGGAGAUAAAUACAAGUAUUCCUGAGUUGUUAAAUUCAAAUGCCGUAUCCUUCUACUGUAGUGUUUGUCAGAGUGAAGAAAAACAAAAUACAGCAAGUAAGAGAUUAGUUAUCUUUUAAACUGCAAUAUAAAAUGUGAAAAAGGAGAUUUUACUUCUUUUCUCCUAUUUACUUAAAAAAGAAACUUCCUGUGCUAACAGCAUUUACACCAUGUACUCUUUUGUAUUCUUUUUGUGUAUUUUGUAUGUCUGUGCUUUAUUCCCAAUACAUUCAGGUAAAUAAUAUAGAGUUGCCAUUUUUUUCAACCCUGUCACUGCAGCUUCAUUUGAUGUACAUGGAUUUGUGAAAUCCUUUUUUAGAUGUACCAUCUGCAUGGAUCCAACAAAACAUUUUUCCAGUCCCUGCAGCUUUUUGUUACAGUUUUUAAUCAUGUAUAUAGUUAUAUGUUAUUAAAGAAGUAAAAGGAUAUUUUCUAUGAAGUUUUUUCCAUUAAAAAGGUUUAGAGAAAGA